CUGGGGCAAUAAAAGCUCUUUAUGCCAAAGGAGUUGUUCAUAGAGAUCUGAAACCGCAAAAUAUUCUACUGGCACAUGACCAUAAAGAUCCUAAACCACACGAGAUAAAAUUGAAAAUAGCCGAUUUUGGUUUCGCGAGAUUUUUGCAAGAUGGUGUUAUGGCAGCUACACUUUGUGGAAGUCCGAUGUAUAUGGCACCAGAAGUUAUAAUGUCCCUACAGUAUGAUGCAAAAGCUGACCUUUGGAGUUUGGGAACUAUAAUUUUUCAAUGUUUGGUUGGAAAAGCACCCUUUCAAGCUUCAACUCCACAAGCCUUGAAGCAGUUGUAUGAAAAGAAUUGUAAUUUGUCUCCAAAAAUUCCUGUUAAAACAAGUCCGGAGCUGUGCGAUUUGUUGGUGGGGUUACUUAAGAGAAAUGCUAGAGAAAGAAUGAAUUUCGAAACGUUUUUCAAUCAUAAAUUUCUUAAGAAAGCCUCACCGCCUCGUCGAUCUCCAAGUCCUUUACCAGGUAAAAAAAAUCUUUCCUUGAUACAUCAAAUGCUGUGAGGAAUGUGGUAUGAACAGA